AUGGCGGCGGUGCAGCAGCAGCAGCAGCAGCAGAAGCCAUACGAGAAAGCAACAUCUCCGCGACUGACGAUGAAGUUCCAGUCGAUAAAGACGCGCGAAGAGAAACCGUCGACUCCUAGCUACCAGUCUUACAGCGUUGUUGUCGGGUCGACUUGCAGCAGUGUCACGAAGGCGGAGGAGCAGGAGCGGCGUGUGACCAGGAGCAGCCAGCGGAUACAGCAAGCGGCCGCCGCCAACGCGCAAGCCGCCGCCGUCGUCGCCAUGGACAACAACAGCGCUAACGACAGCGUGUGCACGCGCUCGCAGAAGUCCGAGCAGGCGUCCGUCGCCGACGACACGGAGAGCACGGAGAACAUGCAUCCACGCAAACGCAAGAUGCGGCAGCGCGAGCGCGAGCAGCGCGAGAAGGAGGCCGCCGCCGCCCCGGCAGCGCCCCCUGUCCCCGACGCAGACGCCGACGCUGAGCCGGAGGGGGAGCCACCGCUGCAGCCGCAGGUUCACAUAUUCCACCGGCAGGAGGAGAAGCAGCCGAACUGCUACCAGCUGUACCUCAACAUCCGCAAGAAGGUCGAGCAGCGGCGCGCCGUGUUGAUGAUGACGACGGUGACGCUGAGUCUGCCGCACGGCUUCAAGGACUAUCUCAUGAACAAGUGCUCGUACAUCCUGCAGGGAAACGCCGCUAGUCGCAUCUCUGUGCCGAUGAUGACUCCGCCGCAGUCUCUCACGCCGCCCAUGCGAGAACUCUUCGUCGAACUAGAGAAGCAGCGUUACCGGCUGCGGCUGCAGCACGUGAUCGAGAAAGAGAAACUGAUGCUAGCGGUGGAGCAGGAGAUAUUGAGGGUGCACUCGCGCGCCGCGCGCGCCGUCGCGAACCAGACCAUCCCGUUCUCGCUCUGCAGCAUCCUCAAGGACGAGGAAGUGUACAACUUCUUCGAGGAGGAACACAUGAUGAAGCUGAUAUCGUCUCAGGGAGACCUUGAAGGGGACGGCAACCUGAGGAAUCGCUACAACGGCCGGCAGCUGCGGUCGUGGUUGAACAGCGUCGACGAGAAAUACGCAAAGGUCAAGGAGAACCUUCUGCUGCGGCACCACAACGAGGCGGAAUCGCUGCACGCCGUCCAGCAGAUGGAGUGGCUGUCGAAGCUACGCGACACCGGAUUGGACGACAGCAAGAACUCGUCGGACGUGACGCAGCAGGUGGACCAGCUGCACGUUCCCAUGGUGCACGUAAGCGAUGACUUUGAUCUCCUCCCAGCGUGAGCGAGCGAGUGAGAGAGAGAUAGAGGGAGAGCGGCGGUUGCAGCGCGCGCGUGAGAGAGAGAGCAGCCGCCAGCAUCAGAGUGUGACUUUGAUGAUAUCUCCUCCCCACGUGAGUGAGAGAGAGAGAGAUAGAGCAGCCACCAGCGUCAGAGUGUGACUUUGAUGAUAUCUCCUCCCCACGUGAGUGAGAGAGAGAGAGAUAGAGCACCCGCCAGCGUCAGAGUGUGACUUUGACUUGAUAUCUUCCCCGCGUGAGAGAGACCGGCGGGGUGCCACGUGCCCAAAGGGCAGAGCUGCCAACUUCAACAUGUGGCUGACUUUUAUAUCUUUGAGAAAGACAGCGCAGCGCACGCAUGAGAGAGAGACAGCGGCACGUGGGACUAGGCGCGUGCGAGCAACGGCUGCGAGCAUUGUCACUAAAUUCCUGCGCCGAGUUAGGCGGCGCAUGCGAUUCCGUGUGGCAGCGUGCGAAGUGCUUCUCGAGGAUUUUUUCGCACGAGAAGAAUUUUCCUGUCCGCGAGUGUCUGACAGUAGUAGGGUGUGAGCUACCAGCACGUGCGGGCCGCUACGACUCACCUCGCGCUGGAGUGACCGGCGUGUGCGGGCCGCUACGACUCACCUCGCGCUGGAGUGACCGGCGUGUGCGGGCCGCUACGACUCACCUCGCGCUGGAGUGACCGGCGUGUGC